AGCUGCGGGGGCGAGUGCCAACUCCAGCUGGAACCCAGAGACCGCGACGCGCCGAGGGAGCGCGCCAGGGCGAGGAAAAAAGAGGGACAUUACCCACGCAGCGGCUCUGCAAGUGCAAGCCCCGGUCCUGGAGGCGAAAACCAAGCGGCCCGCCGGCACCCAGCCACCCUGUUACCCUCGAUCCGGCUUCCGGGGCCGCAGAGCGCACAGAAAGGAGGCGCCGAAGCAGGCGUCACCAUGGCAGUCCAGAAUGGAAGCACCAGUUUUGCACCCAACUUUAAUCCACCCCAAGACCAUGCCUCCUCCCUCUCCUUCAACUUCAGUUAUGGUGAUUACGACCUCCCUAUGGAUGAGGAUGAGGACAUGACCAAGACCCGGACCUUCUUUGCAGCCAAGAUUGUCAUCGGCAUUGCACUGGCAGGCAUCAUGCUGGUCUGUGGUGUCGGUAACUUUGUCUUUAUCGCUGCCCUCACCCGCUAUAAGAAGCUGCGCAACCUCACCAAUCUGCUCAUUGCCAACCUGGCCAUCUCCGACUUCCUGGUGGCCAUCAUCUGCUGCCCCUUUGAGAUGGACUACUAUGUGGUCCGGCAGCUCUCCUGGGAGCAUGGCCACGUGCUCUGUGCCUCUGUCAACUACCUGCGCACCGUCUCCCUCUACGUCUCCACCAAUGCCUUGCUGGCCAUCGCCAUUGACAGGUAUCUUGCCAUCGUUCACCCCUUGAAACCAAGGAUGAAUUAUCAAACGGCCUCCUUCCUGAUCGCCUUGGUCUGGAUGGUAUCCAUUCUCAUUGCCAUCCCAUCAGCCUACUUUGCAACAGAAACCGUCCUCUUUAUUGUCAAGAGCCAGGAGAAGAUCUUCUGUGGCCAGAUCUGGCCCGUGGAUCAGCAGCUCUACUACAAGUCCUACUUCCUCUUCAUCUUUGGUGUGGAGUUCGUGGGUCCUGUGGUCACCAUGACCCUGUGCUACGCCAGGAUUUCCCAGGAGCUCUGGUUCAAGGCAGUCCCUGGGUUCCAGACAGAGCAGAUCCGUAAGCGGCUGCGCUGCCGCAGGAAGACAGUCCUGGUGCUCAUGUGCAUCCUCAUGGCCUACGUGCUAUGCUGGGCACCCUUCUAUGGUUUCACCAUCGUACGCGACUUCUUCCCCACCGUGUUCGUAAAGGAAAAGCACUACCUCACUGCCUUCUACGUGGUCGAGUGCAUCGCCAUGAGCAACAGCAUGAUCAACACUGUGUGCUUCGUGACGGUCAAGAACAACACCAUGAAGUAUUUCAAGAAGAUAAUGCUGCUGCACUGGCGUCCCUCCCAGCGGGGGAGCAAGUCCAGUGCCGACCUUGACCUUAAGACGAACGGGGUGCCUGCCACGGAAGAGGUGGACUGUAUCAGGCUGAAGUGACCCACUGGUGUCACACAAUUGAAAACCCCAGUCCAGUACUCAGAGCAUUACCCACCAUCAACAAAGUUCACAGGCUGCAUGGGAAACGACAUCUGUGCUCAUGUCUCCCCAGUGCCCUCAAGAAGCUGAAUGCUGCAAAGUCAUAACAUGCAAUGAGACUAGACAUGAACCACAACAGCUGACAUUUACUGAUAUCUGCUCAACACCUGCUGUGUGCACAAUCCCAGCAAGAUUAGACAUAAGGAGCAGCAACUGACAUGGACUGAACAUCGACUGUGUGCAAACUACACCAGUGAGAUUAGACGGGGACAGUGGGAGCUGACAUUUACUGACUACCUACUGUAAUCAAAAACAUUUGAUUUGAUU